CCUGGAUGCCCGCUCAGCUUCUGGGGGCUCUCUGAACUCCCGGCUCGCAGCAAUGUCCUUCAGCAGGAGGAACUGGUCCGAUCUCUCCAGCCUGGCCAGGCAGAGGACCCUGGAGGAUGAGGAAGAGCAGCAAAGAGAGCGCCGGCGAAGGCACCGGAACCUGCUGUCCUCCACCUCCACGGAGGAGGAACCUGCCAGCCCUGCCAAGGACACCAGCCCAGCUUCCAGCAGACCUUCAUCCCUGGUGAAGCCGCAGUCUCCGGAGGACGGGGAGGAGCGAAAGCUCUCAGAGGUGCUGAAGACACAAGAAGGGAGAAGAACGAGGUGCCUCCCAGCCGUGUCUGAAAAGCUGAGGCAGGAGAAGGAGCAGAAGGAGGCAGGGGUGGCAGAGAGCUGCCCGGAGACAGAGGCACAGCCCCGCAGGAGGCAGGAGAGCAGCCGGGCUGCAGAGGAGGCGGCCGGGGGCAGAGGGGACCCGCCCCGAGACAAGAACGUGGAGCCAGCCCCCGAGAGGAAGGUGCUGCUGAGGACACGGCUCCAGGACAAAGACCAGGGAGUGCAGACUCCUCGGGGGGAGCAGAGGAAGGAGGCAAAGGAGCCACCAGAGGUGGGGAGUUGCCGUCUCCGGGAGGUGAAGAUCCUCACCAGGGUGGGAAACCGCAGCACAGAAGAGAAAAGCUCAGUGGUGACCUCAUCUCCAGAGCAGCAGCAGCCAUCCAGGAACCCCUCAAAGCAGGUAAUCCAGCUGUCCCCUCCCCGAGAUGAAGCUGCAGAAAAGCCAGACCCUUCUCCAACCCACGUCACCUCCAUCCGACGGGCCAGCCCAAGAACCGUCUCCUUCAGGAUCAUCUCCAAGAAGCAGAAAGAAGAGAGCCAAAGCCCUCUCACAAGGAGUGCAAGUCUGAGGGUCCCAGGCAGCAGCAGCACCAUUGGGGAGAAGCUGGAAAAGUACAACUCAGCUGUGCAGCGCUCGGAGGGGGUGAAAUCCUCCGUGCCUGCCCAGAAGAGUCGCCUGCUCUCCUCGGAGGGGGUGGCGAGCAAGCGCAACUUCUUCGAGAGAAGCGCUCCCGGCAAGGCGGAGCCGGCGGCUCCCAGGAAGGACAGCCUGAAGAUCCCAGGGUCGGUGACAUCCCGCAUUAAUCUGUGGAUCAGCCGAGCUCAGGAGCCUGCCAAGGAGGAAAACGGCAAGGAAAUCCGGAGAAUCAACAGCCUGGCAAAGCGAGAUGUCUGGAUAAAGCAGCCUGGGGACACCUCUGGAGACACCAAGUUGCAGUAA